GUGACACCUUUUUCUAGCUAACAUAACAAAAAGCAGAACUGAUUUGAAGGUUUAUCUAUUUUUACCUCGUUUUUAUUAUUUGUUUUAACAUAUUUCCCAUAUAUAUUUUUUUGCAAAUAUUUAUUUUAUGGUCCCAAGUAGUCGCAACUUGAUUGUCAAAACUUCAUCCUUCAUCCCUUUCACCCUUUCUUGGUUUCUUUCUAUCUUUAGAAUUUUCAUGUGAAACAGAAUAAAAAUAGACGUGUGACGGUUGAGGCUGACGUGUAGUAACAAUUAAUGUGUAUGUUAUUAUAUUCGGGCGGUUGUGUUGUGGAGCGUGUUGCGCAAAAAGAUAUAUCUUCCUAUUUAUGCUUUAUUUUAUAUUAUACUUAAGAUAAUUUUCCAUUUAAGUACCAGGUAUUAUUUUUGAAGUUGGAAAGUAAAGAGGAUUUGAUAACUUAAACUAUUUUCAUUUUUGCGUUGAAGCAAAAAUGGCUUCCGAUAAGGGGGAUGUAACAGUGGAUGUAAGUGCAGACAUAGACAAAGUGGUUAACGAAGAGCUAGCUGCUAAGGAAAAUGCCACCGCUAGCGAGAGUAUUUUGAAGCGUAGACCCAAAAAAGUAGUCAGACAAAAUUCCAGAGAAGGAGCUGUUCCUUCUGGAUUUGUUCAGGGACCAAGGUCCUGGAAGAACAGUCGCAGGUCAAGAAAUGGUUUUGGACGAGGCCUUCCCAAGAAGAAAGGUGCAGGUGGCAAAGGUGUCUGGGGUCUCCCUGGUUCUGAAUUAUUGGAGACCUAUGAAGACGUGAAUGACCCCAACUUUGACGCUGAAAAUAUGAGCAAUGGUGACAUAGAACUUAAAGCAGUUGUACCUGAGGUUUCUGAUGUAGAAAUCAAGAAAAAAGUGGAACCCAUCGUUCUCGAAUAUUUUGAGAAUGGUGACACCCAUGAAGCAGUCCUCUCUAUUGAUGAGCAGAUACCCCUUACCCGCAGAGAUGCUCUGGUAGAACAAUUAAUUGAAAUUGCUAUGGACCACAAGCCAUCUCACAGGGAAAUGACAUCUGUGCUUAUCUCCGAUCUAUUUCCCUAUACUAUAAACGAGUCUGACAUCAGCAAGGCUUUCGAAAACUUGUUGGCUAAUCUGAACGAUUUGAUUCUGGACAUUCCAGACGCUCCCACAGUUUUAGGCAAUUUUAUUGCCCGUGCCAUUGCCGACGAUUGCAUUCCCCCCAAAUUUAUAAUCGCCACGAAGCAGAAAAGUGACAAUAAGGACUUCCAAGAAGCUCUCAGCAGGGCUGAUACACUACUUUCUAUGAAACAUGGCCUAGUGAGGUUGCACAAUGUCUGGGGAGUCGGCGGAGCCUUAAGACCUGUCAAAUACUUGACUCGCCAGAUGUCCUUGCUCCUCCAAGAAUUUCUUUCGUCCAGCGAUAUAGAAGAAGCCAGCCGCUGUCUGAGGCUAUUGGAAGUACCGCAUUUUCACCACGAGCUCGUUUACGAAUCCAUUGUCAUGGCUUUAGAGGCGAACAGCACAAUUAAAGAAGAAGGACUUUGUAACCUACUAAAAGCUUUCUCAGAUGCCAUUCUCAUCACUCCGGACCAGAUGGAACGCGGUUUUCUGAGGGUGUUUGAUGAUCUUCCUGAUAUUUCUAUGGAUGUUCCACUGGCUUAUAUAAUUUUAGACAGGUUUGUAGAGCGCUGUCAGUCUUUCGGCUUCCUGACUGAAAAUGUGAUGAAGAAGAUGCCAUCUCGCGGUCGUAAACGAUUCGUUUCUGAAGGCGACCAGCAAUUUAUCAAGAACCAUAAAAUUGAGCAUUAAUAAUGCAGCAGCGAACGUUGUAGUUUUUCAUGCAUUUGUAUUCUUUCUUACUAGCACUAGGUGCUUACAUGGAAAAUUUGAUCGAAAUGUUACUUUUUUGUAUAUGUUCUAUGAAAUAAAGAUUAUUUCAAGUUU